AUGCCUUGGUCCCUUGGAAAAUCUCUAGGCCUGAUUGGUCGCGGGCAAGAACCACUCUCCUUCUCUCUUACCGGAAGCCCUACUCUUUGCGCGAACACCCCUUACAUCUCGGAUCUCAACGCCUCGAGGCUUCUCUCCACACCGGAUCGUACCGAAGCAGAUGCCCGCUGGACUUACCACACGGAACGAGAUUACGAGCCUGAAGACAGCUUCAAAGAGCACGCCGUGUUGUGCCUUCCGUGUUGCCAUCAUACCGAAGACAACCAGCCGGGUAUGGACGAUACUCCUCUGGAUAGAAAGGCCCGUAAUGCUCUCGAAGAGUAUUCCAAUUCUUUCGAUGAAUACCGUCUGCUCAAACGGAGUUCCAUCUUGCUUGACACAUUCUCACGGCACCAAGCCAUCACGACCAGCCGUGUCCACCAGGACCAUCACACCUGCACCUUCAUCCAACCUCAAAUCCUCCACCACAUCAGCACCUCCCCCAUCGCCCCGUCCAAGGCCCGACGCGCCGCCUUCCGCACCCUCACUCUCGCCAACGAAAUCCACCACAUCCGCAUCUCCUCCUUCCAAACAUCUCCCUCACACCGCACGCCCAAGCCCGCGACAUUUACGACUGCCGCAACAAGCGCGGUCUCCCAGACCUCCUCAUACGCACCGAAUCCUCCUGCGGCCCGACCACCCAAGACAACACCGUAA